AUGGUGCUGCCCCGGGCGCUGGCCCGCGGGUGGACGGCGGCAGCGGCCAGGGCGGCCCAGAGGCGCCGCCGCGUGGACGGCGAGGGAGCGUCCCCGGGGCCGGAGGCGGCGAGCGCGCGCGCGGCGCUCUACGUGCACUGGCCCUACUGCGAGAAGCGCUGCAGUUACUGCAACUUCAACAAGUACAUCGCCCGUGGAGUGGAGGAGGAGGUGAUGAGUCAGUGCCUGGUGACCGAGGCGCAAACACUGCUGCGCAUGAGCGGCGUGCAACGGGUGGAGUCUGUGUUUUUUGGUGGAGGAACCCCCAGUCUGGCCAGUCCCCACACAGUGGCUGCCAUCCUGGAGGAGGUGGCACGGGCAGCCUACCUCCCUGCAGACUCGGAAGUCACCCUGGAAGCUAAUCCCACCUCAGCAGCAGGCUCCAGGCUGGCAGCCUUCGGGGCAGCUGGGGUCAACAGGCUGUCCAUUGGCCUCCAGUCCCUGGACGACUCAGAGCUCCGACUGCUAGGCAGGACGCACUCAGCCAGUGAUGCUCUGCGGACGCUGGCCGAAGCCAGACGUCUCUUCCCGGGCCGUGUGUCUAUAGACUUGAUGUUGGGGCUGCCUGCGCAGCAGCUGGGACCGUGGCUAGGGCAGCUGCGGGAAUUGCUACAGCACUGUGAUGACCACAUCUCCCUCUACCAGCUGUCCCUGGAGCGGGGCACCACACUCUUCACCCAGGUGCAGCAGGGUACUUUCCCUGCCCCUGACCCUGAGCUGGCAGCCGACAUGUACCAGGAGGGUCGGGCUGCCCUUCAGGAGGCAGGCUUCCGCCAGUACGAGGUCUCCAACUUUGCCCGCAAUGGGGCGCUCAGUACCCAUAAUUGGACUUACUGGCAGUGCGGCCAGUACCUUGGCAUCGGGCCUGGGGCCCAUGGCCGAUUUGUGCCCCAGGGUGCCGGGGGCCAGGCCCGGGAGGCUCGGAUCCAGACCCUGGAGCCUGACAACUGGAUGAAGGAGGUGAUGCUGUUUGGUCAUGGUACCCGGAAGCGCACCCCACUGGGCCAGCUGGAGCUGCUGGAAGAAGUGUUGGCCAUGGGGCUACGCACGGAUGUGGGGAUCACACACGAGCACUGGCAGCAAUUUGAGCCGCAGCUCAGCUUGUGGGCCGUGUUUGGAGCAAGCGAGGAGGUGAGGGCACUGCUGGAGCAAGGCCUGUUGCUGCUCGAUCACAGUGGUCUGCGGUGUUCCUGGGAAGGUCUUGCUGUGCUGGACUCUCUGCUGCUCACCCUCCUGCCUCAACUGCAAAAAGCCUGGCAGCAGAGAAUCUCCCUCCUGCCAGGAGACCGGCCAGCAUCCCCAGCGAGGCCAGGUGGGCUCUGAGAGCUGAGCUGGCCCAGCUUACAGCUAUUCUCUCCUGACUGGUACCAGAUCUGCUUCAUGUGUUAUGUGCCCGGCCCUGGCCUCCUGGGAGCUGGGGUUCAGCCAGCGUGUUGGGACUUGUAGACUUAUGUGUGUGUUCCGAUCACACACAGCAACUACUGGUUACCUUUUCAGUGCCAGCUUGGGAGCUUUUCUCCAGAGACUGAGGUCCUACUCAUCAUGAGCAGGAGGCUCUGAGACAGACACUGAAGUCCAGAAAGCUGGCUCCCACUAGGUAUCCUGAACAGGCUUGGGCUUAAUGCAGGAGCAGGAUCAUUACAAAACUGUGGAGUCUUUUGGAGUCAAGACCAUCUGCCCUGUGCAGUGUCCUGUCUGCUGGGAGUGUUUGGGCCGUUUCUUAUUGAUUCGAUUCAGGAUCAGUAUUUUCAGCAAGACGAUGACAUGCAUGUUGUAUCCCUUGGGGUCUGCUGGCUCGACCCGUGGGCUGUAAUACUCAUUUGCUCACUUGAUCUGCAUAUCUGUUGUACAGAUAUGUGUUUUCCUCCAAGCAAGGCAGGGCGUCCAGAGACCCCAGGAGGGAGGAUCCUAUUGCCAUAUAGUCAUUUGCUCCGUGAUUUUGGUAUUGAACAAUGAUCGUUGCUCAAAUCAAUUCGUUAACCGAGUUGUAAGAUGUGUGUUUCUGGUCCAAUCAGUCCUGUGUGUUAAUUGUCAUUCAGCCAUUAAAAAAAAAAAAAAGCUUUCUUUUU